AUGUCUUCAAGCACAUCUGAUAUUUCAGACAACUCUACAAGUACACACGCAUCAUCUGACACAGCUACCAAUAUUGAUAACCGUCCAACAAGCAAAAAAAGAAUGAAUGUUGCUCUUGAUAAUGGAAAUCACCCGCAUACAAUGGGUAAAAAAGCUAAACUGGAUUCACCUUCAAGAUCAUCCAAUGAGUCUGACACUGACACGCAGCAACAAGAAAAACGAAAACCUGGUAGACCAAAAAAAAAGGGAGAACCAUCUAAAAAAGAGAUCGCUGAUCAGCUACCCGAUAUCAUAAAAAAGGCAAGAGGAAGACCGAAAAAAGAUUCAGACAAGGAACCAUCAAAAAGUAAAUAGAACGUGAUUCUCUGAUAUUAAAACCGGCUACUUUACGUAUGCCACGCAUAAAUUUAAAAUGAAAUAUUAUUAGUUCUAAAUAUGACGC